AUGUCAUUUAGCGGAAAAGUUAUGUUGAUAACGGGUGGAAAUUCUGGUAUCGGCGCGGCUACUGCAGAAUACUUUGCAAAAGAAGGAGCUUUACUAGCAUUGAUCGGUCGAAAUGAAGGAAAAUUCGAAAAAGUUCUCGAAAAAAUUAGGGAGAACGGCGUUGAAACUGAGCCACUUGCAAUAAUUGCCGAUGUAACGGUGUGGAGAAGUGUUAUUGAUAUGAAGCAUAAUAAAGAUCCAAAUCAGAAGUCCAUUCAAUUUGGUGAGUGGACUGACUCAUUGGCGGUCGACGAGGAAAUGGUGCCAUAUUUUGGGCGACACAGUUGUAAAAGCGACAACUAUGAUCGUCAAAUUGGCUUGAGAGCUGAUGUGGUGCUUUGCUUGCUCGAUAUUGUUGAAAACCCCGAACAUCACAAGGUUUACUUUGACAAUUUUUUCACAUCAUACUACCUCAUGUGUCUGGUGAAUGAAAAACGAUUCUGUAUAACGGGAACUGUACGCAAUAAUCGUAUUGCUGGUGCUCCACUAAACGAAGGCAAACAACUGAAGCGUGGAGAGACUGGUUUCGUGUUCGAUACUACAAACAAGAUUUUGAUGCGUCGUUGGUCAGACAACAAAGAUGCUGCCAUCGAUCAAUUCACUAAAUGCCUCGCAAUAGAAAUGGCCGACAGAGGUGUGAGAGUAAAUUCUAUAAGCCCAGGCUUCGUUGAUACCGACUUUCAGACCAAAGUGCGUGGCAUCGAAAGAGACGACGAAAAAUAUUCGGCUUUACUUGCUUCAGCUGGAGCUUCUUUUCCGAUUGGACGCUUCGGACAGACAUCGGAUUGUGUGAACGCAGUCGCUUUCUUGGCCCAAGAACGUUCCAGUUUUAUUACUGAUGUAAUUUUGGUCAUUGACGGAGGCACAAGUGCCCUUCUUUCCCUAGUCGGGCGAAAUGCCGAAAAGUUUCAAGGAGUCUUGGAAAGGAUAAAAGAGAGCGGAGUUGAAUUGGAACCAUUAGUAAUCAUAGCCGAUGUGUCGGUUGAUGCUGAACGAAUUAUAAGCGAAACUAUCGAAAAGUAUGACCACUUGGAUAUAUUGAUCAAUAACGCCGGCUUUGCAUUGAAUGGAUCGCUUGAAACAUUGAAAAUGGAUGACUAUGACGCUAUGAUGAAUACCAAUGUUCGCGGUGUAGUUGAAUUGACUCAGUUGGCCAUUCCCUACCUAGCUGAAACAAAAGGCAACAUUAUUCAAGUUUCGAGUACAGCUGGCAUCAUACCGGUUCCAAUUUUCUUUGCUUAUGCCAUGUCUAAGGCGGCGCUAGAUCAAUUCACGAAAUGUGCGGCGAUCGAGUUAGCUCCAAAACAAAUCAGAGUUAAUUCGGUCAACCCAGGGUUCGUUGAUACCGACUUUCAUACGAUUGCAACUGGUAUUGAA